CGGGAACUACAUUUCCCGACCACAGAGCUGCAACGGCUGGCUGAGCGGUGCGGGGCAUUGCCAGUGUCCGCUGUCCGAGUGCCUCUCCAGGGGCAGGUCCCGAAGGGUGUCCUGACAUCGUUUAGCAUUCUGGCGUCACCGGCUCUGCUUUCUUUCGCUUUGCGGCUCGGUGUCCCCAGUGCAUUUCCCAGUGACAGCUCUUCUGGGGCUGCCCCGGGAAAGUUGAGGCCUCCAGACUUGGAGGUAGCCGCUUCCGUCCCUGUCCACUGUAAGGGGCGCGUCCCUCGAGGGUUAGGCCAACCCCAUGGGGCCCACCCGGAAGCCUAACGUGUGCAGCCGGCUGAGUCGCCGGACGCUGGGCUUCUUCUCUCGCGACGCAGGCGUGGUGCAGAGGACGAACCUGGGCAUCCUGCGGGCGCUGGUGUGCCAGAAAAGUACAACAUUUAAGAAUGUUUGGACAACUCAUUCCAGGGCACCUAUAUCCUAUGAGAGGGGAAGAAUCUAUUUUGACAAUUAUCGAUGCUGUGUCAGCAGUGUUGCAUCAGAGCCACGAAAACUUUAUGAAAUGCCAAAAUGUUCCAAAUCAGAAAAAAUAGAGGAUGCUUUAUUGUGGGAAUGCCCAGUGGGGGAAAUACUUCCCAAUCCGUCAGAUUAUAAAUCCUCACUCAUUGCACUGACUGCUCAUAACUGGCUGCUUCGAAUAUCAGCAACUACAGGAAAAAUCCUUGAGAAAAUAUAUCUUGCAUCUUAUUGCAAAUUCAGAUACUUGAGCUGGGAUACUCCUCAAGAAGUCAUUGUGGUCAAGUCAGCUCAGAACAAAACCUCAACGAUGGCCCGGCAGGCAGGCAUUCAACAGCCUGUUUUGUUAUACCUUGCAGUGUUCCGAGUUUUGCCUUUCUCACUUGUAGGGAUUCUAGAGAUCAGCAAAAAGAUUUUCGGGAGCGUUACAGAUGCAACUUUGUCCCAUGGGAUCCUGAUCGUGAUGUACAGCUCCGGACUGGUCAGGCUUUAUAGCUUCCAAGCCAUCACUGAACAGUUCAUGCAACAGAAACUUGACUUAGGGUGUGCAUGCAGAUGGGGUGGGACUGCUGGAACUGUAGGAGAGGCUCCUUUUGGCAUUCCUUGUAAUAUUAAAAUAACAGACUCACCACCACUGCUGUUUGAGGUGUCGUCCUUGGAGAGUGCUUUUCAGAUUGGAGGACAUCCUUGGCACUACAUCAUCACACCCAACAAGAAGAAGCAGAAAGGAGUUUUCCACAUCCGUGCUCUAAAAGACAAUGCCUUGGCAAAAAAUGGAAUCCAAGAAAUGGAGUGUUGUUCUCUAGAAUCUGACUGGAUCUAUUUCCAUCCUGAUGCUUCUGGCAGAAUAAUACACGUUGGCCCCAAUCAAGUCAAAGUUUUAAAACUAAAUGAAGUAGAAGAUGAUAGUUCUCAGCAUCAGGUCUCUGAAGAUUUUGUCAUAUUUGCCAAUAGGGAGAACAAAAAUGAAAAUUUAUUCACUGUUACAGCAUCUGGACGGAUGGUAAAGAAAACUUUUACUCUUCUGGAUGAUGAUCCAGAACAAGAGACUUUCAAAAUUGUGGACUAUGAAGAUGAGUUAGAUUUGCUUUCCGUGGUAGCUGUUACCCAAAUUGAUGCUGAAGGAAAAGCUCACCUGGAUUUUCACUGUAAUGAAUAUGGAACUUUACUUAAAAGUAUUCCACUAGUAGAGUCCUGGGAUGUGACAUACAGCCAUGAGGUCUAUUUUGACAGAGACUUGGUGCUACACAUAGAACAGAAACCCAACAGAAUCUUCAGCUGCUACGUGUACCAGAUGGUAUGUGACCCUGGGGAAGAAGAAGAAGCAGCCAUAAGCAAAAGUUGUUAAGUUAAAAGGCGGGCUAAUUGUAACUUAUCAGACUUCUAGCCAGAUGCACCAGCACCUGUGUCUAGUCCUCCCUUUCAUUAUCUACAUAACACAUCCUCUAAUGUUUUCCUAGAAGGUCUUGAGUUGAAUACAGAUGAUUAAGACUGAACUCAAUGAGAACUUCAUUUUAUAAAAAGGUUCUUUUAAGAUUUUAUCGCAAGAAGAUUAACAAUUUGGAGCAUUUAGGUAGUUGAUAAUAUAGAUGCAAAGUGCUAGAGAAAAAACUGAAACCCAGUUGUUGAGGGAAGGGUCAUCAAUGGGGAGUUAAAGGAUAGAAUGGAAUUUUGAUUGGCAAAGCUUGGAGAGGGACACAAAAUAAAGAUACAAAAGGAAAUUCUAUGUUGUGUGUACAAACUUUGUUUCAGGAUGAGAACUGAGAUGCAUUAAGUGUCUUCACAAUUUUUUAAAUGUUAUGUAUGUAUAUUUGUUUUAUGUUUAUAUAUAGUAUGAUGAGUUGCUUCCAGUUUUCAAAUUAUCUAGUCUUCCAUAGUUUUAUUCUUGUGGCUUUAUGUUUCCAUGGAAUGCUUGUAUUCCUUUUACAAUGUCAAAGAUUCCAAGCAAAACUUUGGUGAAUUUUUUUCUGAAUUUUAGCCUGUUCAGUUCUUGACAUAUGCAAGGAUAUGUCACAGCACUAUUCUAUCUAUUUUGUUUAGGCAAUAUUUUUGCACCCAUGAAAUAAGAUAAAGGUAACACCAGUCAAACUUAUAUACUGUCUUAGGUUUAGUGUUAAAGUAGGGAAUUUUAGAGUGGAUGAUUUCUAUUAAAAUCUUCCAAUUUUUGGUUGCUUCCAUAUUAACAUUGAUGUGAAUUUUGCCCAAGUCUUUCCUUGAAAGUUUACAAAACAACAGAGUUAAGCAGAGAAGUAUUAGCUAGUAAGUAAGUAGUUAACCAAGUUUGUAAACCUUAACAAACCUAAAGUUGUCUUUUCAUUCAGUAAUAAAGAUUAUAGGUUGAGCACCCCUUUAUCCAAAGUGCUUGGGACCAGAAGUGUUUCAAAUGUUGGAUUCUUCAAGAUUUUAGAAUAUUUGCUCUUAUUCAUUAUAAGAUAUAUUGACAAUGGGAACCAAGUCUAAACAUAAAAUUAAUUUAUUUCAUGUACGCCUUAUGCAAGUAACCUGAAGGUAAUUUGGUAAUUUUAUACAGUAUUUUUAGUGUGUCUGUCUUGUGACUGCAAUAUAUCAUGACGUUGAGUAUAGAGUUUUUCACUAGGGCCAUCACGUCCACAAUCACAAAGUUUCAAAUGUUGGAGGAUUUUAGAUUUUCAGGUUAAUAAUACUGAUCUGUAUUAAUGUUUUAGAAUAAAAGAAAAUAUUUGUAUGUGGGCUAAAAAUAGAUAUUUCUAAAUGUGUUCCUAUUCAAAAUAGAUAAUAACCAUCUGGGAAAGUAACGAUGAUUGCCUAGUGAGCAAGACAGUAAGAUUAUCUUGAUGUGUUAAAUUAUAAUACAUUUAUAUCUACACUAAUUGAAAAGUCUAUUAAAUUUUAUGCAUGUUUAAUAGUACUGUUUAAUAUCUGAAGCUUUCAAAGCAUUUCAGAGAUGAGAUUAUGAUUACAAAACAAUUGAAGACUUACAAUGUGUUAAAUAUUGCUCCAGACUUUCAAUUUGGCACAAACUCUACCUCAAUCCUCAGUAAAUACACAGCUUGAAAAACAAGUCUUGUAACAGGAGCAAAAUGCCAGAGAAAAGAAAGAAACCAGUGUUGUGUGGGUUUCAGAGCAGACACAGUGCUAUAAAUAAGCAGAAUGCUUGUUCUUCAUUUGCAAGGGUAUUUCAGAAUAGGAUGCCUUUAAACUUCAGUCCCAUUACAGGUUUGUCUGUUUGUUUUGUUUUUAAGGUGGUUAUUGAGUUUCAUGUUCCCCUACAAGUUACUGCCUUCUUUUGAUUAAAUGAUCUGUUCAAAAGGGUGUUAGGAAAUAUCUUAGAUUCUUGACUGCUUUUUUGUUAGGGGUCAAGGGUGCAAUACUGCUAGUCUAGAUGUGAACUGACCACCAAGAAACAACUAAAUUGCAAAAAUAACUAGACCUGGGUCCAAACGUCAUACAAGGUUGGCAAAAUAAUAAUAAUAAGAAGAAGAAGAAGAAGCUAGUGUGAAAUAUGCCUAGUGUGAUAGACAGCAAGGAGUCACGGGCAGUGUCACUAAUGUACAUGCUGUGCUUCCAGGUAAAUAUGUAAGCUGCUGUCGUGUGAACCAGAAUAGACAGUAUAUGACUGGUACCAGGACAGUUGAUAGAAAGAUGCCAACAGAUACAGAACAUUACAAAGAGUGUGAAGAAUUUAGAUACCACAUGUAAUAGGAAAUAAUGCAGUAUACUUCCCAAAAAGGUGUUGUGGGUGGAUGCUGACUAGAUUUGGCCCAAGUUCUUGUCUCCACAUGAGAAAACAUUCAUGAGAGACUUAAAUAAAAGCGAUCAGAGAACAAGAUAUAUUUAAAGUCAAGGCACACGCUCGGGAAUGAGUGUGGGUAACUUGAGACAAUCUGCUGUAGUCAGCAUGAAUUCAGGCUGGCCUUUUGUAUGAUCUGGAGACAGAGAAGGUAGUGCCUGAAUAUUCAGAGGAGCAGAGUUUGGGGCCAGACUUGAGUACCACUAAUUUCCUUGCACAUUGUUGGAACUCUUGGAAUUGUCUCGUUGUGAGGUUCAUAGUGGGAGUGGGAGUGGUGGUGGUGGUCAUUUUAUUAUAAUGACACUUUAAAGGUUAUCUCAGUGACACAGCCUCCAGCCACAUUAGGUGGUUCCAGCUAGCUGUCCUUCCAAAUGUCAACAUCCUGGAACUUGUGGUCUUCUGUACAGGGAGAGAUUAGUCAGUGCACAGAAGACGGGUUUAAGCAUUGCACUGAAAAAGGGGACAGUGUGUGGAAAGCGGAGUAGUUUGAGCAGAGUGGGCCCUAGCUGGCAAACUUCAGCUCCUUCCUACUAUUGCUCCCUCCUUGCUUAUUACAUUAGUAAGGAUUUCACAGCCGCCUAAUGUCAUCCUGCCACCUGUUGGACUCUGCGAUUCUCUUGGGGGUGGGUUGGUGGCUUUGUAUCCUGUCCCACCUUCACUGCCCUCUUCUUCUAUUUGGUUUAGGCACUCUAGCUAGGUACCCACCAAUGGCAAGCACUAAUGGCAGGUUGAAAAUGUUUCUGAGUUUACUACAAAAAUCAGGGGGAGUAGAGGAGUUUCUAUCAGCAAGUACAGACAUGAAGCUGAGAAGAGGUACAUUUCUGCAUUUCACUCCUGACCAAAGUUUCACAGUAUGGGUGCAGUAAGCUUUCAGUUCUUGACUUUCCACAAUAUUUCUUGAAAGUGAGGGAGAAAAUAAA